AUGAUUCACCUCCUGUGCCUGCUGGGAGUGGCCGUCUCUGCCAAAAUGCUCAGCGACGCCCUUGGGGAGGAGAUGUCGGAGACGUCGGAGACGUGCUCGCUCCUCCAAAGCGCGCGCAAGAAUGCCCAGAGUGCCAAGUCAAUCGCCGAGUCAGAGGUCAGCUUCAGCAACAAGAAGUCCCUCGUGGGGCUCUACUGCUAUGAUGCUCACACUCGAAGCACAGCUGCCUACACCACGUUCCAAGAUGUUGCAAGCAGAGAGGUCUGCCAACAGAUUUGUGCUGCACGCGUCGCCAAUGAGAGCACAUGCCAGAGCUUUUGCGAGAGCAUCGAGGGCUGCGAGGUCAUGGCAUUCUACAAGGUGACUUGCGUUUUCGUGCUCCUGGCGGAGCUCGCGGCAGCCUUGCGCCAGGAAUUACAUCGGGAGGCCACCACCCGGAGCUUCCCCGAGAAGUACUACAACUGCUGGUGUGCCAAAGUUGCUUCGGUGGAUGGUUGUCCCGACCAUUCACACUACAGCCAGGAUGGCACGCGUUUGUGGCUGGAGAGCUCCAACUGGUUCAACUGGUUCCAUCUCAGAGAGGGGAAGGAGCCGAAAGGCUAUUGUUGCAAGCUCGAGUUCAAUGAGGAUUAUGGCAUGGAGUAUGGGCAGUACCGCCGAGAGGACGGCUACCACAAGAAGGACAUCGACAUGUGCGCCGAAGAACAGCGCCCUGUGCCUGCCGGCACACGGUGCCGCGUGUACAUCGGCGAUCGUGCCCAGUCCUGCUUCUUCAUCAGCAAGGCCACGAACAAGAUCGACGAAGGCAGGCGUCGCCGCAGAGACAGCAAGGAUAUCAGAAAGAUGAGCCCAAUAGGGUACAUGGACGACAUUGUCGGCGGGCGCGACGCGGAGGGGAAGGAGCUCUCGGCAGAUGCGGUCAGAGCUUUUCUAAAGAAGCAUCAUGAGAAAGGCAAUCUUCCUUAUGGCUUGACAUGCACGGCCGACGACAUGGAUGCACUCACUUCUGACGAGGGCCCUUGUGUCACAUAUCGAUGA